CAAAAUAGCCAGAGCAGAAGCCUAUAUAGGAGGCUAUCCCACCACCACGCUCACUUCCCCACCGGACUCCCACCAGCCCGGCCUUGCAGCGCAGGUUCAGCCCUCUGCCCCCAACCCAGUUGCAGGAUGUCGAUGACAGACUUGCUCAGCGCGGAGGACAUCAAGAAGGCCCUGGGGGCCUUUGCCGCUGCCGAGUCCUUCGACCACAGGAAGUUCUUCCAGAUGGUGGGGCUGAAGAAGAAGAGCGCGGACGACGUGAAGAAGGUGUUCGAGAUCCUGGACAAGGACAAGAGCGGCUUCAUCGAGGAGGAGGAGCUGGGAGCCAUCCUGAAGGGCUUCUCUGCAGACGCCAGAGACCUGUCUGCCACCGAAACCAAGACGCUGCUGGCCGCGGGAGACAAGGAUGGGGACGGCAAGAUCGGGGUGGACGAAUUCUCCACUCUGGUGGCUGAAAGUUAAAAGGCUCUGGCUGCCCCGCCUCUCUACCCCCGACCCCCAACCUCCGCCCCUCCCGCUGCUCUCCUCUGUUGCUGUUCAGUUUGUUUAUGUUAUUUUUUACUCCCCCCUGUCCUCCUUCAGCCCUCACAUGACACCUUUCUUCUGGAAAAUGCUGGGGAAACAAUAAAGACUGCACCAAUUGGA